CAGAAGCCAGGUUCACUCCUAAGCCUCAUCUGAGGAACAGGCUCCCAGUGAUGCCAAGCCCUUCACUCUGAUUAGUCCAGACUUUAGCCCUCUUGAUUAAGCCAUUCUGGGAGCAACAGAAGUAGUUCUACAUAUGUUUUAGAAAUUACAGGUCUCCUCCAGAAUGAGCGAAACUCCUUCCACUAGUUUUUCCGUGAUUCAUCCAACUUCUUCCAAAGGUCAAGUUCUUUCCCCUCAUCACACAAGCAUCACACAUCCUGUUGUGGCCAAAAGGAUCAGUUUCUACAAGAGCGGAGACCCACAAUUUGGCAGGGUCAGGGUGGUGGUCAAUCCUCGUUCCUUUAAGACAUUUGACACUUUGCUGGAUAACUUGUCAAGGAAGGUUCCUCUACCUUUCGGGGUGAGGAAUAUCAGCACCCCACGGGGAAGGCACAGCAUCACACGCCUGGAGGAACUGAAGGACGGUGAGUCGUACCUGUGCUCCCAUGGCAGGAAGGUGCAGCCGCUGGACCUGGAUAAGGCCAGCCGGUGCCCACGGCCCUGGCACAGCAGCCGGGCCAUCAGCACGCACGCGCACCACUUCCCCGCCGCCCCUGCUCCUGGCGUGCGGCACACCCCGCGGCGGCUUGUGGUUUUCAAGAAUGGUGACCCGAAGGCAAAACGCGUGGUCCUUCUGAGCAAGAAGGUCACCCAGACCUUCGAGGCCUUUCUGCAGCACCUGACAGAGGUCAUGCAGUGCCGCGUGACCAAGCUGUAUGCCACAGACGGAAGGAAGGUACCCAGUCUCCAGGCAGUGAUUCUGAGCUCUGGAGCUGUGGUGGCAGCAGGAAGGGAACCAUUUAUACCAGGAAAUUAUGACACCCAAAAAUACUUGCUUCCUGCUAGAUUACCAGGGAUCUCUCAUCGUGUGUACCCCAAGGGAAAUACCAGAUCAGAAAACAGAAAGAGUGGUAACUGGAAAGUUUUCAUAAUCACCAGUGACUUGCCAAAUGCAGGGACCAGCUCACAGAUUUAUAUUAUACUAUAUGGACUGCGUAGAAGUUCAGCCCCCAUAUACCUUUAUGGGACAGAUGGAGCUCAAUUUCAGGAUGGCCAAAAGGACAUAUUUACUAUCACAGUUGGAGACAUUGGAAUACUCUUUAAGAUUCGUAUUGGUCAUACCAACUCUGGACUCUCUCCUUCUUGGCACUGUAAAGAGAUACAAUUGUGGAACAUGAAUUCUGGAAAACAUUUUUAUAUACCUGUACAACGAUGGUUGGCACGAGAUCAAGAGGAUGGGCAAAUCUCUCGAGAAUUUCCAGUUUUAAACAAAGGACAACCCAUUCUACCAGUGACAAUAUAUGAAGUGCAUGUGGCAACGGGUAAGCUUUGGAAUGCUGGAACAAUAGCAAAUGUCUACAUUUCUAUCUUUGGGGAAAAGGGAGAUACAGGAUCCAGACAACUAUUCCAGUUGAAGAGCUCCUUCAGUUUUUUAAGAGGACAAACCAACACCUUCUCUCUGGAAGCGGUACACCUUGGGGUUUUGUACAAGAUUGUCAUAGGACAUGAUGGGCUUGGUCCAGGAAAUGGCUGGUUUCUUGAUGAUGUUGUUAUCAGGGAUCCCACAACAAACCAUGAAUAUGCCUUCUUCUGUCACAGAUGGCUGGAUCAAGGGGAAGAUGAUGGUAAAAUUGUCAGAGAACUGUAUGCCAGGGAUAACAGUAUCAUCUCUGCAAGGCAGAAGCUAGAAUGUAACAGAAAAGAAACAUGGGCUGCAGAAAGCUGGAAAUUUAUGAAAGGAAAUACUCUUCAAUUCUACAACAAACUUACAAGAGGGUUUGUCCGGCUGCAUCCAGAUGGCACAGUUGAUGCAAUUGGAGAGAAGACAGACAAAUAUGGUCUCUUUGAUGUUAUUUUCAACAAAGAAAAUAUAUGUAUAUUCCAAAGUCAUGAAAUGAGACAUCUUUCUCUUGCUCUUAGCAAUGGCUCUGUCACUGGAAUGGCUAGUGGUGGAGCCUCCACUGAGCUACGGGUGCUUUAUCAGCCCAACCGCUGCACACUUCUUGAGUCAGCACUGGCUCCUGGUCACACAGUUAUUUUUGAUCGUCAUGGUAAAAUAGCUGAUGGAUCAUCAGCAGGCUAUGCAGAUCUUUCAAAAGAAUUUGUGGUUUUUGUCAAGGGCAUGCUCCUCGACAGUGCUGUGGUUCUACUUGCUACGAGCCUAUGCCAGGCCCUGUGUCUCCAGCCUGAUGGGACCUGCAGUGGAGUGGGAAACCAGUCUGAAAAAUCCUACUGGAAAGUGCAUAAAAUCAGCUCUGGGAUUUGCAUGUUUGAAAGUGUGAAAAAUGCACAGAUGUAUCUGAGGAUUAAGGAUGGCCAGUGUGAUGGAACAGGUACAGGAGAUAUUGACUGUCAUUUUAAAAUCAAGAAGAAUUUGGAAAACGCAUCUAUCAGCUUGGAAUCUGCAAAGAACCCAGGGUUGUUUGUUGGAAUUCAGUCAGACGGAAAGGCAAAACCAGUUAUUUAUACCAAGGAUGGGAAUGCUUUCUUCUACCCACAAGUCAUCAAAUUUGGCAGAAAAAACCCAAUGGGUAUGUCUGCAACACCCAGCCAAGGAGGAAAAGUCCAGGAGUCAAAAAACCAACAAGAAAUACCACCAGAAUCUGAGGCCAGAGAUUCCUUGCUUUCUUCAAUGGCAAAUAGCAACAGAAAAUAGAUGUCUCUUGCUGACAUCCCUAUGAUACUAUAUUGCAUCAACCAGAAGGAAGAGAAAUUAGCCUUUUGAUUUUUGCUGCAUUGGGUUAGGCACAGUUUUGUUUUUCCAUUUCAUGUCAUAAAUCCAUGGAGCAGUGUGACAAAUCACACUGCAUGAGAAACAUGUGCUUAGUUAACAUUUUUCACAGAAGGAGAAUUCAAUCUUGUAUCAGGAAGUAAUAGCACUUAUAAGUCUGGAAUGGCCACCGCUAGUAAAAUUUGACUUGGCUGAAAUAGCAUGCUAGCUGAAAUCUCUAGGAAUAGAUACUAUUUUCUGAGUAGCAAAAUGCUUAAGAGAAAAUCUUUUAUAUAUCUUAUAAAAAUUUGUUCUGGCAAAAACAUUUUAAAAAUGUUACCAUUGUUAAUUUUUUUUUAAUUUAAGUUGUACAAGAUUUUGAUGUGAUAUAUUUAAAUAUUGCACUAUGAUUCCAUUGUAAGGUUAGCUAGCACCUCUAUCAUAUCACAUAAUUAUCAUUUCUUUUUUGUGAUGGGAAUAAUUAAGAUCUAGUCUCUUAGUAAGUUUGGUGUUUAUAAUAAAAUACUGUUGUCUAUAAUCACUAUAAUAUACAUGAGAUCUCCAGGUCUUAUUUCUCUACUAGUUGCAAGUUUGUACUUUUAAACAUCUCUCCUAUUUCCCCUACUCCCAUCCACCUCAACCCCCACCCUUGGUAAUCACCAUUUUACUUUCUGUUUAUAUGAGUUUGGCUUUUUAAAAAUUCCACAUGUAAGUGAUAUUAUACAGAAUUUGUCUUUGUAUCUCACUUAGCAAAAUG